AUGGUUGAUUCUCACAUAUAUACAGCUAUACCUUCUACAUGUGGCUCCCCACCCUUCUACACGUGGCUCCCCAACCUUCUACAUGUGGCUCCUCCACCCUUCUAUAUGUGGCUCCCACCCUUCUACAUGUGGCUCCCACCCUUCUACAUGUGGCUCCCCACCCUUCUACAUGUGGCUCCCCCACCUUCUACAUGUGGCUCCCCAACCUUCUACACGUGGCUCACCCACCUUCUACACGUGGCUCCCCCACAUUCUACAUGUGGCUCCCCCAACCUUCUACACGUGGCUCCCCCAACCUUCUACACGUGGCUCCCCACCCUACUACAUGUGGCUCCCCAACCUUCUACAUGUGGCUUCCCACCCUUCUACACGUGGCUCCCCCAACCUUCUACAUGUGGCUUCCCACCCUUCUACACGUGGCUCCCCAACCUUCUACACGUGGCUCCCCCAACCUUCUACACGUGGCUCCCCACCCUUCUACAUGUGGCUUCCCACCCUUCUACACGUGGCUCCCCCAACCUUCUACACGUGGCUCCCCCAACCUUCUACAUGUGGCUUCCCACCCUUCUACACGUGGCUCCCCAACCUUCUACAUGUGGCUUCCCAACCUUCUACAUGUGGCUUCCCACCCUUCUACACGUGGCUCCCCACCCUUCUACACGUGGCUCCCCAACCUUCUACACGUGGCUCCCCAACCUUCUACAUGUGGCUCCCCCACCUUCUACACGUGGCUUCCCACCCUUCUACACGUGGCUUCCCACCCUUCUACACGUGGCUCCCCACCCUUCUACAUGUGGCUCCCCAACCUUCUACACGUGGCUCCCCAACCUUCUACAUGUGGCUCCCCCACCUUCUACACGUGGCUCCCCAACCUUCUACACGUGGCUCCCCAACCUUCUACAUGUGGCUCCCCCACCUUCUACACGUGGCUCCCCAAACUUCUACACGUGGCUCCCCAACCUUCUACACGUGGCUCCCCCACCUUCUACACGUGGCUCCCCCACCUUCUACACGUGGCUCCCACCCUUCUACACGUGGCUCCCCAACCUUCUACACGUGGCUCCCCAACCUUCUACAUGUGGCUCCCACCCUUCUACACGUGGCUCCCCAACCUUCUACAUGUGGCUCCCCAACCUUCUACACGUGGCUCCCACCCUUCUACACGUGGCUCCCCCACCUUCUACACGUGGCUCCCCAACCUUCUACAUGUGGCUCCCACCCUUCUACACGUGGCUCCCCAACCUUCUACAUGUGGCUCCCACCCUUCUACACGUGGCUCCCCAACCUUCUACAUGUGGCUCCCACCCUUCUACACGUGGCUCCCCAACCUUCUACAUGUGGCUCCCCAACCUUCUACACGUGGCUCCCCAACCUUCUACAUGUGGCUCCCCAACCUUCUACACGUGGCUCCCACCCUUCUACACGUGGCUCCCCCACCUUCUACACGUGGCUCCCCAACCUUCUACAUGUGGCUCCCACCCUUCUACACGUGGCUCCCCAACCUUCUACAUGUGGCUCCCACCCUUCUACACGUGGCUCCCCAACCUUCUACAUGUGGCUCCCACCCUUCUACACGUGGCUCCCCAACCUUCUACAUGUGGCUCCCCAACCUUCUACACGUGGCUCCCCAACCUUCUACAUGUGGCUCCCCAACCUUCUACACGUGGCUCCCACCCUUCUACACGUGGCUCCCCCACCUUCUACACGUGGCUCCCCAACCUUCUACAUGUGGCUCCCACCCUUCUACACGUGGCUCCCCAACCUUCUACAUGUGGCUCCCACCCUUCUACACGUGGCUCCCCAACCUUCUACAUGUGGCUCCCACCCUUCUACACGUGGCUCCCCAACCUUCUACAUGUGGCUCCCCAACCUUCUACACGUGGCUCCCCAACCUUCUACAUGUGGCUCCCCAACCUUCUACACGUGGCUCCCCAACCUUCUACACGUGGCUCCCCCAACCUUCUACACGUGGCUCCCCAACCUUCUACACGUGGCUCCCCAACCUACACGUGGCUCCCCAACCUUCUACACGUGGCUCCCCAACCUUCUACACGUGGCUCCCCAACCUUCUACACGUGGCUCCCCAACCUUCUACACGUGGCUCCCCAACCUUCUACACGUGGCUCCCCAACCUUCUACACGUGGCUCCCCAACCUUCUACAUGUGGCUCCCCACCCUUCUACACGUGGCUCCCCAACCUUCUACACGUGGCUCCCCAACCUUCUACAUGUGGCUCCCCACCCUUCUACACGUGGCUCCCCCAACCUUCUACACGUGGCUCCCCACCCUUCUACACGUGGCUCCCCCAACCUUCUACACGUGGCUCCCCAACCUUCUACAUGUGGCUCCCCAACCUUCUACAUGUGGCUCCCCCACCUUCUACACGUGGCUCCCCAACCUUCUACAUGUGGCUCCCCCACCUUCUACACGUGGCUCCCCAACCUUCUACAUGUGGCUCCCCCACCUUCUACACGUGGCUCCCCAACCUUCUACAUGUGGCUCCCCACCCUUCUACACGUGGCUCCCCAACCUUCUACACGUGGCUCCCCAACCUUCUACAUGUGGCUCCCCACCCUUCUACACGUGGCUCCCCCAACCUUCUACACGUGGCUCCCCACCCUUCUACACGUGGCUCCCAACCUUCUACAUGUGGCUCCCCCACCUUCUACACGUGGCUCCCCAACCUUCUACAUGUGGCUCCCCCACCUUCUACACGUGGCUCCCCCAACCUUCUACACGUGGCUCCCCAACCUUCUACACGUGGCUCCCCAACCUUCUACAUGUGGCUCCCCCACCUUCUACACGUGGCUCCCCAACCUUCUACAUGUGGCUCCCCAACCUUCUACACGUGGCUCCCCCAACCUUCUACACGUGGCUCCCCACCCUUCUACACGUGGCUCCCCCAACCUUCUACACGUGGCUCCCCAACCUUCUACAUGUGGCUCCCCAACCUUCUACAUGUGGCUCCCCCACCUUCUACACGUGGCUCCCCCACCUUCUACACGUGGCUCCCCCAACCUUCUACACGUGGCUCCCCCACCUUCUACACGUGGCUCCCCCAACCUUCUACAUGUGGCUCCCCCACCUUCUACACGUGGCUCCCCAACCUUCUACACGUGGCUCCCCAACCUUCUACACGUGGCUCCCCCAACCUUCUACACGUGGCUCCCCCAACCUUCUACAUGUGGCUCCCCAACCUUCUACAUGUGGCUCCCACCCUUCUACAUGUGGCUCCCCAACCUUCUACAUGUGGCUCCCCAACCUUCUACACGUGGCUCCCCAACCUUCUACACGUGGCUCCCCCACCUUCUACACGUGGCUCCCCAACCUUCUACACGUGGCUCCCCAACCUUCUACAUGUGGCUCCCCAACCUUCUACAUGUGGCUCCCACCCUUCUACACGUGGCUCCCCAACCUUCUACAUGUGGCUCCCCAACCUUCUACACGUGGCUCCCCAACCUUCUACACGUGGCUCCCCAACCUUCUACAUGUGGCUCCCCAACCUUCUACACGUGGCUCCCCAACCUUCUACAUGUGGCUCCCCACCCUUCUACAUGUGGCUCCCCAACCUUCUACACGUGGCUCCCCCACUUUCUACAUGUGGCUCCCCACCUUCUACACGUGGGGAUACGAACCUUCUCCAUAAGAGCCGUCAUCUUAUGCCGGGUACUGUCGCCCCGUGACAGCUGA